CAGCAUCGUCUCUUCAAGAAUUCCUCUUUCUUUUCGGGUACUCUGAACAUCGAACUUGUCUCAUCGAUCUCGUGCCCUGUGGAGAGACUUCUCACGAUGACAGAUAUGAUCCCGAGAGCCCGCGUGGCCCUCUCACUGCUCCACAACAACCCUUCUGCGUGGUUUCGUGAUGCUACAAUCGAGCCGAGAGACCGUGAGCUGAUUGCUGCUGAGCCGGUGUCAUUCCUUGACUACAGUGCACGCAGUUACCUGCGCAAGAUCUACCAUAUGAAAGCGGGCGAGAAUUUCAAGAUGACCAACUGGAUGGUCGAGACCGACGACGAGUGUAAAGAGCUGGUUCGUUCCGCUGGAGCAAAGCUAUAUGGCUACGACAAAGGGCCAAGCCCAUCCGUGCACUGGGCUUCCGUCACGGUCAACGUCAACGUUUGGGGCGGCCCCCGUGCAGGCUUUGAAUGGGGCUUCCUCUCAACGACACCUGACAAUAUCCGAAUCUUCAAGGGGCCGGCGCAUUGUUGUCCGCUACAUGCUUGCGAGGCUAUGAUACUGCGUAGCUGUUCCGCCAAUACAGACACUCUCGGCCUCACGGAAGGCAUUGGAGAUCGCAUGUGGGAUAUCCUGUGUAUGAGGAUGGGCCAGGACUAUGACUAUCCCUGGGUGGUUGUCGCGGUGAAGGAUGCUGGCCCACUCCCGGAGCUGGAUUUCGAUACCUGUGGCUGCCAGGACCCAUCUGCAUGCGGGUGCAUCAUUGAACAUGAAGAGUAAAGUAACGUCAACUGCGCUUACACAGCGGUGGCUGUAUGAAGAGGUGGAAUGAUAGGUGCUAGCGGCCGCAGUGGACGUGUUGCCAAAGACUGUACAGGGAAGAGGGCUGAUCCUGCUCAGCGCUACUCACUGGAGGAAAUCGGCGAAUGCCCUUAAGGCUAGGGUGACGCAGGGCACUGUAUCAAGAAUGAAGGGAAUGCGCACAAGCGAAGGAAUGGAGCCUGAAAAUGGUGUAUUCUCGAGUAAGCAUCAAUGUACAGGAUCACCGCCAGCAUCUUGUAAAGGAUGCGUUA